AUGUGCGGAAUCUUUGGUUACUGCAGCUUCUUGAAGGAAAAGAGUCGGAAAGAUGUCCUUGAAGUUCUUUGCUCCGGUCUUGCUCGCCAAGAGUACCGCGGAUACGACUCGGCGGGUCUUUGCAUUGAUGGCGACAAGCCUGGCCAGGUCAUCUACUUCAAGGAAGUUGGCAAAGUUGCCGGCCUCCGCAAGAAGAUUGCGUUGUCUUCGGUCAACGUUGAAAAGACCACCGUUUCUCAAGUAUCAAUUGCCCACACACGUUGGGCCACUCACGGUCCUCCCUCUGAGAUCAAUUGCCAUCCCAUUCGUUCAGAUCUCAACUCCGAGUUCAUUGUCGUCCACAACGGGAUUGUGACCAACAGCGCCGAGCUUAGACUCGUGCUACAGAAGCGAGGUUACAAGUUUGAGACCGAGACUGAUACUGAGGCCGUUGCGAUCCUUACCAAGUAUAUUUACGACUCUCACAACGACAAACGGCCUAGUUUCACUGAUCUAAUCAAGUCCGUCCUGAAGGAGCUUGAGGGAUCCUUUGCCUUCGUUUUCAAGUCUUUCCACUAUCCCAAUGAAGUGGUGACCGCUCGUCGUGGGUCGCCCCUUCUCGUUGGCGUCAAGACUGACAAGAAGCUCAAGGUUGAUUUUGUGGAUGUCGAAUUUGCUGGACAGGAUGUCAAUGAUACCCGAGUCGACGCACUUCAACCCAAUUCUCCAAGCGCCCUCCUUGCUGUCCCUUCCGCUAAUCCCAAAGUCCUCAGGACGCAAUCCCGCGCAUUUAUGUCGGAGGAUGGCCUGCCUCAGCCCAUCGAGUUUUUCAUUGCGUCUGACGCCGCCGCCAUUGUCGAACAUACCAAGCGUGUCCUUUACCUCGAGGACGAUGACAUUGCCCACAUCGCUGAGGGCGAACUUCAUAUCCACCGACUUCGGCGCAAGGAAGAAGGUGAUCAGUCACCAAACCAGAUUGCGGCCACCCGAACCAUUGAAACUCUCGAGCUGGAAAUCGCUGCCAUUAUGAAGGGCAAAUUUGAUACUUUCAUGCAAAAGGAAAUCUACGAACAGCCCGAAUCUGUUGUCAACACUAUGCGUGGACGUGUCAACUUUGACGAAUACAGGAUUACUUUGGGUGGCCUCCGUGCAUAUUUGCCUAUCAUGCGUCGUGGCAGGCGUAUUGUCUUCAUUGCUUGUGGGACCAGUUAUCACUCCUGCCUUGCCACUCGUGCCAUAUUCGAGGAAUUGACAGAGAUUCCUGUCAGCGUUGAAUUGGCUAGCGAUUUCUUGGAUAGGAAGACCCCUAUCUUCAGGGAUGAUGUCUGCGUUUUCCUUAGUCAAAGCGGGGAGACUGCGGACACGAUCUUGGCGCUGAGGUACUGUAUGGAUAGGGGCGCCCUUUGUGUUGGCGUUGUGAAUACUGUCGGUUCAACGCUUUCUCGCGAAACGCAUUGCGGUGUUCACAUCAACGCUGGCCCGGAAGUCGGUGUCGCUUCCACCAAGGCGGGUUUGCACGCCUAUACCUCUCAAUAUGUCGCUCUUUUGAUGAUUGCCCUGCAGCUUUCUGAGGAUCGCAUCUCUUUCACGGAACGCAGAAACCAGAUUAUUGACGGUCUGCACGCAUUGCCUGCCCAGAUCAAGAAAGUCUUGGAACAAGAUAGCUCUCUGGAACAGCUGGCGAUGACAGUUGCGGCUAAUAAAAGUCUUUUGUUGAUGGGUAGAGGCUACCAACAUGCCACUUGCCUCGAGGGAGCCCUCAAGAUUAAAGAAAUAAGCUACAUGCAUUCGGAAGGGAUCCUUGCCGGAGAGCUCAAGCACGGCCCUCUUGCCUUAAUCGACGAGAACAUGCCGGUGAUCAUCAUUAUGACCCAGGAUUCUCUAUACCCCAAGGUUCAAUCUGCAUUUGCCCAAAUCACUGCCCGCAAAGCACAGCCUAUUGUCCUCUGCAACGAGGGUGACGACGGCAUCCCAGCUAAUGCAAAGACUAUUCGCGUGCCAAAGACUGUGGACUGUCUGCAGGGUUUGCUCAACAUCAUACCCCUCCAGCUUUUAGCCUACCAUUUGGCGGUGAAGAAUGGAUGCGAUGUUGAUUUCCCUCGCAAUUUGGCCAAGUCUGUGACUGUCGAAUAAGCGAAGUUACCCUUCUUUGGAUUACGCAUGGAUUCCAUCAUGAACUUUUUUUUCUUUUAUCAAGCCAUUGGACCCCCCUCUUCUCCUCACCCUCCCCAUCUUUGUACGUAGGUCGAAGUAUAAUGGACAGUACAAAAGUUACUGGCAUGUAGUUUUUACGGUGUACUUGGGUGUCACCCCAUCUUUUUCACGGACGGCUUAGUACUAGUAGGUUGGUCAGUUUGUUGAAAUGUCAACCUGGAAAUAUCUUGUC